AUGUCUCAGAGUCUAGAGACUCUGACUGAAAAUCUAGCCAAAGAGGGUUUGACGAAAUUUAAAAACUUCUCUAGGGAGUUUACCGAAUCAGAAGCCAAAUUGCUACUAAGAAAAGGGAUAUAUCCCUACGAAUACGUAGACACUGCCGAUAGAUUCUCAGAACAAAAGCUCCCCUCAAAAGAGAAAUUCUAUAGUUCGCUGAGUCGAUCAGACGUGUCAGAUGCCGAUUACGCACAUGCACAGUCCGUGUGGGAGAAACUGAACAUUCGAGACCUCGGUCAGUAUCACGACCUCUACCUCAAGACGGACGUGCUACUAUUAGCCGAUGUCUUUGAGAACUUCAGACACAUGUGUCUCGAUUAUUAUGGGUUAGAUGCAGCUCACUUCUAUACCAGUCCAGGUCUGGCUUGGAGUGCAGCCUUGAAAAUGACGGGAGUGAGGUUGGAACUCAUCAGAGAUCCAGACAUGUAUCUCUUCUUUGAAAACGGAGUGAGAGGUGGGGUUAGCAUGAUAUCAAACAAAUACGCGCAAGCUAACAAUCCUGACAUUCCAGAAACGUACGACCUCUCCCAACCACACUCGUACAUCAUGUAUACGGAUUGUAAUAACUUGUACGGGAAGGCCAUGUCGGAGCCGUUACCUAUGGGUGGGUUUCGGUGGGUGGAGAAUCCACACACAUUUGACAUAACCAAUGUCUCCAAAGACGGAGACUUGGGGUACGUACUGGAAGUAGAUCUGGAAUACCCAGACGAACUUCACGACAGUCAUUCCGAUUACCCUCUCGCACCGGAGCGAAACAAAAUCCCCGACAAAGAAUUGUCACCGACCAGUAAACAGCUAUGGAAAACUUUACAUCCCAGCCCGAAACACACCGUUGACAAAUUACAAGGGCGUGUACCGACAAAAAAACUGAUUCCAACAUUAGAACGCAAGACGAAAUACAUCUGCAAUUACAGAAAUUUGCAGUUGUACGUGGGAUUGGGUCUCAAAGUCACCAAAAUCCACAGAAUCCUAGAAUUCAAACAGAAACCUUGGUUACGCCCGUACAUACAAUUCAACACGUCAAAAAGAGCGGCAUGUACGAACGAGUUCGAGAAAGAUUUCUUUAAACUCAUGAACAAUGCCGUGUUCGGUAAGACGAUGGAGAACGUGCGCUCCAGAGUCGAUAUCAAGCUAGCACACACGGAAAAGAAACUCAAAAAGUACGUGGCCAGACCUUCAUUUCAAAGGUUUACUAUCUUUAACGAAGAUUUAGUAGCCGUUCAAAACGACCAAGUCAAACUCGUACUAAACAAACCAGUGUAUGUAGGACAAACCAUUCUAGAUCUGUCCAAGUGUAUCAUGUACGAGUUUUAUUACAAGUACCUAAAACCGAAAUAA